GUGGGCUGUGAGGCCACCCCGGGCGUCCUUGGAGGGUCUUGGCUCUGCGGGUAAUGACCGGUCCCGUGCAGGGCGGUGGGGCGAGGGCCCUGGACCUGCUCCGGGCCCUGCCGCGUGUGAGCUUGGCCAACCUAAAGCCGAAUCCAGGCUCCAGGAAACCGGAAAGACGACGAAGAGGUCGGAGAAGAGGUAGAAAAUGUGGCCGAGGCCAUAAAGGAGAGCGUCAGAGAGGAACUCGGCCCAGACUGGGCUUUGAGGGAGGCCAGACUCCAUUUUACAUUCGAAUCCCAAAAUAUGGGUUUAAUGAAGGCCAUAGCUUCAGACACCAGUAUCAGCCUUUGAGUCUCAAUAGAUUGCAGUAUCUUAUUGAUUUGGGUCGAGUGGAUCCUACUCAACCUAUUGACUUAACUCAGCUGGUCAAUGGAAGAGGUGUGACCAUCCAGCCACUUAAAAGGGAUUAUGGUGUCCAGCUGGUAGAGGAGGGUGCUGACACCUUUAAGGCAAAAGUUAAUAUUGAAGUACAGUUGGCUUCAGAACUAGCCAUUGCUGCAAUUGAAAAAAAUGGUGGUGUUGUUACUACGGCCUUCUAUGACCCAAGAAGUCUAGAAAUUCUAUGUAAACCCGUUCCAUUCUUUCUGCGCGGACAACCCAUUCCAAAACGAAUGCUUCCACCUGAAGCACUGGUACCGUAUUAUACUGAUGCAAAGAAUCGUGGUUACCUGGCCGAUCCUGCCAAAUUUCCUGAAGCAAGACUUGAGCUUGCCAAGAAGUAUGGCUAUAUUUUACCUGAUAUCACUAAAGAUGAACUCUUCAAAAUGCUUAGUACUCGUAAGGAUCCAAGGCAGAUUUUCUUUGGUCUUGCCCCUGGAUGGGUGGUGAAUAUGGCAGAUAAGAAAAUCCUCAAACCUACCGAUGAAAAUCUCCUCAAGUAUUACAGCUCAUGAAUUCCCUUCCAGGAAAGCAGAGUUGUAAAAGAGUUCUGGAAAACGGACUGAAACAUGCUUAUUUCUCAUCAUCUUUUCUUGAUUUAUAAUUCUCUAGAUGUUGAUGUUAAUUUUCCAUGUAGCCCUAUAUCCAUUUUUAUCUAAAAUUGAAAUAAAAAAUGGAAUAAGCAAGGGCUGCAUAGGGGAACUGAAUCUGUGCGGGUUUUUUCUCAAAGAAACAGACUCCCUGGUUUUCUGCCAGAGGAAGAUGGUAACUUUUAGGGUAUUUCUUGUUCAUUUUCUCAUGAUCUUCUCAUCCAGGUCUUGUGUUAUCAUUGUUGCAAAUCAGAAUGGAUGUGCAGGUGGAAUGGAACUGACUUUUUU